UCUCUCUCUCUCUCUCUCUCUCUGUGCGCGCGCGCUAAGAGUGAAGUGCCCCUUUGCGUCGCCUAGCUCGCUUGCUCUCUCUCUCUCUAGCUGGUUUUAUUGUCCGUGUCUCUCUUCUCUCUCCUACUCAUCUUGUUCUUCGUGGACGCCUUUCUCAGAUCUGUAGAGUUGGUGAAUCCAAGCGGCCGAGGCUCUAACUUGUUCUUUUACCCUACCACUAAACGCUGGAGAAGCAGUGGAGAGUUUUACUUGAGAGAUGGAUGGCGAACGUUCGCUGGUGCUGCGAUGGACCGUGCUUGCUUUCUUGGUUGUAAUUUUCACCAUGCCAUUUUCCCGGGCUUACACUUACGAACGAGAUGUCUAUGCUAUAAAUAGCUUAUUUGGUGCACUUGGUUCACCUCCUCUACCUGGGUGGGUCCCAAAUGGAGGAGACCCAUGCGGAGCGAGCUGGCAGGGUGUUGGAUGUGUCAACUCAAAUAUAACUUCAAUAACUAUCAAUGGCGCGAACUUGGGAGGCCAACUAGGUGAUGAUUUAGGAAAUUUUUCUUCAAUAAUUACAAUAGACCUAAGCAAUAACAACAUUGGUGGAAGCAUACCAGAAAAUUUACCUGUUACUAUGCAGAAAUUUUUCCUUUCUGCAAACCAGUUCACAGGAAGCAUCCCAAGUUCUCUGUCAAAAUUGUCACUUCUCACAGACAUGUCUCUCAAUAACAAUCAUUUAACUGAAGAACUGCCAGACGCUUUCCAGUCACUCACUGGCCUAAUAAACUUGGAUUUGUCUUCUAACAACUUGAGUGGCCAACUACCGCCUUCAAUGGGAAGUUUGUCAUCAUUGACCACUCUGCAUAUCCAAAACAACGAACUGGGUGGCACUCUUAAUGUAUUGGAAGAUCUUCCUCUUAAAGAUUUGGAUAUAGAAAAUAAUCUUUUCUCUGGUCCGGUGCCUGAGAAGUUACUGGCAAUUCCGAAGUUCAAGAAGGAUGGGAAUCCAUUUAACACAUCCAUAGCACCUUCUCCAAUGCUUUCACCACCCCCGUCGCCUCUUUCAGGGGCACCUUCUACUGACACAGUGCAUGCCAAUUCAUCAUCAUCAUCUUCUUCUUCUUCUGGACCAACGGCGCAGCAAAGUCCUGCACCGAAAAGGAAAAUCGGCACUUCAACUAUAAAAAUUGUCGGAUAUGUUCUUGUUGCAGUGGUUUCUCUUAUCAUUUUAGCGCUAUCGGUGAUGUUUUGUAUUUCAAAGUAUGAGGAAAGAAAAUCGAGGACUGAUGAAUUAUCUAAAAGCGUAGCAGGGAGAGCGCAGAGAGUGCCUGAGGAGCGUAAAAAUAGAAACCAUCUGGUUAAACCAAGCAAGGAAGUUGGUAAAGUUUCAGAGAGCACGUCAGACAAGAAAAUAGAUCAUGUAAUCGAUUUGGAAGGGACCGACGAACUUGUCAUGCCACUACCUCCACCUCCACCUCCGGUGGAAAGAGUAACAGUAAACCUUGUGCCGCCACCUGCUUCUGUGGAGAGGGUUAUAGUAAAUCCAGUUGCACCACCUGAAUAUGCCACGAGGAACGCUCCACCUGAGAAAGUCAAUGCCCCUACAUCUGUGUCAUCCUUUGCUGUUUCAUCCCUUCAGCAAUACACAAACAGCUUUAGAGAAGAUAAUUUGAUGAGAGAGAGUAGAUUGGGUAAAGUUUAUCUAGCAGAGCUUCCCAGUGGGACGUUAUUAGAAGUUAUGAAGAUUGAUAAUGUCAACUCGAGAAUUGAAGUUGAUGACUUCUUGGAACUGGUACUAAACAUAUCUGAACUUAGACAUCCAAAUAUUCUUCAGCUUGUUGGCUAUUGUGCGGAGUUUGGACAGCGAUUACUUGUCUACAAGCAUUUUAGCAGAAAAACCCUUCAAGAUGUACUCCACUGUAACGAUGAUCUUUCUGCAAAACUAUCAUGGAAUGCUCGUCUCUGCAUUGCUCUGGAAGCAGCAAAGGGAUUAGAGUAUCUUCACGAGGGAUGUCAAACCCCCAUCGUACAUCAGAACUUUGAACCUGAUUGUAUUCUCCUUAAUGGCAAGCUUGCAGUACGUGUAUGUGAAUGUGGUCUAGCUCCAUUGAUGUCAUCCAACUCCGUGACUCAGUUGUCAGGUCGUAUGCAUGCCCUGUUCACUUAUGAAGCCCCAGAAGUCAAUGAAUCCGGGUUAUACACUGAUCGCAGUGAUAUAUACAGCUUUGGUGUUGUCAUGUUAGAACUCCUUACAGGGCGUAAACCCUAUGAUAGUUCACGGCCUCGUCAAGAGCAACAUCUCGUGAGAUGGGCUAGUUCUCAGCUUCAUGAUAUCAAUGCUUUAUUGAGGAUGGUGGAUCCUAGCAUCCAAGGGAAGUGUUCUGAGAAAUCAUUAUCGCGCUUCGCUGAUAUUAUUAGUCGUUGCAUUCAGCAAGGGCCGGAGUUCAGGCCGCCAAUAUCUGAGGUUGUUCAAGACUUAAGCUGCAUGAUAAACGACUCGAGGGAGCCAAUUACUUGAGCUCAUAUAUGAUUCCGGGGGAAAAUGAGAUGCCUCUGCAUAAAAGCAGAAAAUUCUUAGAGAUGAAUGAUUUGGGCAUCAGUCGCACAACUGGGUGCCCAUUUAUUGCAGUUAUUAGGGCCAUGAUUUAUACCCUUAAAAGAAGGGUGGUUUCAUCUCCGGGGAAAAUCGCUUGGUUCAUUUCUCUGCUCAAGCCUAUCAGGCUUAAUUUUUUGUUCCUGAUAUCAUCUAAGAUACUUGGGGAAG